AUGCCAGGAGGAAGUCCCCCAAAAAUGAUAAUUACUGAUCAAGAUCCUGCUAUGAAGAUUGCCAUUGCCCAAGUUCUUCCUAACACAUUCCAUAGGUAUUGCAGUUGGCACAUAUUAAAUAAGUUUUCUGAAAAGAUAGGUGCAGUCAAAUGUAAUGAUUAUUAUGAUGACUUUAGAAGUUGUGUAUGGAACUCUGAGAUGACAGAAGAAUUUGAUAAGAAGUGGAAGGAAGUUGUUGAUCAGAAGAGUAGUUUAAGUGACAAUGGAUGGCUUCAAUCAAUUUAUGACAUUCGAGCAUCAUGGGUGCCUGCAUACUCUAAUCACAUUUUCUCGACUGGAAUGUCAAGUAACCAACGUGCUGAAAGUUGUCAUUCAUUUUUCAAGAAGUAUGUUGACAAAAAUUCAUUACUAUACUUUAUGAUUCGCUUUAAUAGAGGACUUGUACAUCAACGUCAUCAAGAGUUAGUUUCUACCCAUAUUGAUGCAAAUGAAGAGCCUCAGUUGAAUACUCCUCAUCCUAUGGAAUCUCAAAUGUCUGGAAUUUAUACUCGUGCCUGUUUCCAACAAUUUCAAAGUGAGUUCUAUAUUAGCUUUUUCAAUUACAGGUUUCAACUUAUGAGAGAGGAUGACAAUCAAAGAUUUUACUUGGUCAAGAAAAGAAGUGAUCAUAUUCAAAAGGAUCGAGAAAUUGUUUAUGACAAGCAUAUGGACCUUGCUUCAUGCACUUGCAAAAAAUUUCAAAGUGAAGGAAUCCCUUGUAGGCACAUCUUGGGAUAUUUGCUGAAAGUUCAGGAAGUAGAUUACUUGCCUGACCAAUAUAUUUUGAAGAGAUGGACUAAAGUUGCAAAUGCUACUAUAGUUAAGGACCUAGAUGGGUUGGUGAUAACAGAUACAAAUGCAUUGGUGGUGAAGCGUAGUAAAUUAUUUCAUCAUGCUUCACUUGUUAUUGACAAAGUCCUUACAAGUCCUGAUGAAGCUCAGACCAUGUUUAUCGAAGCUCUUGACAGUGUGCUUGAUAAGCUCAAACAAAUGCAAGUCAAUAGUAGUGAAAGGGCGAGUAUCGGUAAGAAGUUGCCAAGUGAUGUUCAACAUAGGUAUAACGAGCCAAAGAUUAUCAAAGCAAAGGGUUCUGGAAAAAGGCUUAAGAAAACAAAGGAGAAGACAGAGAGAAAGAGAAGUAGUACAAGGAAAUGUCAUGGAUGUGGUUUGUAUGGGCAAUUACAUGAUAAACGGAACUGUCCAGCGCUUAGUAUGCCUAAAGAUAGUUCUCUUCUUGACGAAUAUGUGGAAGAGGAUGACGAGCCAAUAUCAACUGAUGAAGGUGACAGCUCCAAUUCAUUCGAUGAAGAUCAUGACAAUUAA